AUGAGUUUCUUUUGCGCUUGUGGUGGAUGCCUGCAGGCGAAGGGGAAGAAGGCGGGCGUGCCUCACCAAUUGGGCACGCGCGCGGAGCGGCCGCACGAUCUUUGGCACAUCGAUCUGUGUGGGCCGAUGACGGCCUCGCUGGGGGGUUCGUUUUUCAUGAUUAUGUUCGUGGACAGCUUCUCGCGGUGGAUGAAGCUGUACGGGAUGAGGCGCAAGUCGGACACCCUCGCCUUCGUCAAGAAGUUCCUCGCCGACAUGAGUGGCACCGGUGUCCCUCGCUCUUUCCGGAUGGACAACGGGGGGGAGUUCAUCGGACGCGACUUCAUCGCCUUCUGUGACAACGCCGGCAUCCGCCGCCGGCCACGCCGCUCGUCUCGAGGCACCCCACCCCGCCUGUUCCCGAAGAUCAACUUCACCCGCGUCCCCGGCUUCGGGCGCGAUGGCGAGCGACUCUGGCUAGAAUCGUGUCACUGGGCUGCCGGCGGCUUCAACCGUUCUCCGACCAAGGCAAACGUCGGGUACAAGUCGCCGCACGAGCUCUUCACCGGUCGCCCGCCACCGCUCCAGAUCGUCCCGUUCUUGCAGCCGGGGUAUAUGCGUGUGACGCGCGCGAGGAAGAUGGAUCCCCAGGCAGUGCUGUGCUGCUACCUCAACAACGGCGACAACCAUUACGAGUCGGCGGUCAAGGUCCUCAAGUUCGCGACGGGGCGCGUGUGCAUGACGAACAACGUCGUGUGGGUCUCCGACCGCGCGCCGUUGCUGACCCCGCCGCUGGAGCUGCCGGCGCCGGCGGACGAGGGGGGAGAUUCGAAUGUCGCCGCCGCACCGUUUCUAAUUGAGUAUAUUUCACCGCCUCUCUUACCCCCCUCACCGUAUGCCCGACCUCCCACUUCACCCGCUGCCAUACUCUCACAGGCGCCGCCGGCAACUUCCACCACCAUCGCCGGCGGCGCCGUCUACCGCAGCCACACCACCGCCACCGNCGCCGGGUACAAGUCGCCGCAAGAGCUCUUCACCGGUCGCCCGCCGCCGCUCCAGAUCGUCCCGUUCUUGCAGCCGGGGUAUAUGCGUGUGACGCGCGCGAGGAAGAUGGAUCCCCAGGCAGUGCUGUGCUGCUACCUCAACAACGGCGACAACCAUCACGAGUCGGCGGUCAAGGUCCUCAAGUUCGCGACGGGGCGCGUGUGCAUGACGAACAACGUCGUGUGGGUCUCCGACCGCGCGCCGUUGCUGACCCCGCCGCUGGAGCUGCCGGCGCGGGCGGACGAAGGGGGGGAUUCGAAGGUCGCCGCCGCACCGUUUCUAAUUGAGUACAUUUCACCGCCUCUCUUACCNACUGCCGUUCGCCGCCGCGCCACCUUUCACCAUCACCGCGCCGCCGGCACCGUCGUUCGCCGCCGCGCCACCGUUCACCACCACCGCGCCGCCUGCAACGCCGCUCGCCGCCGCGCCACUGUUCACCACCACCGCGCCGCCUGCACCGCCGUUCGCCGCCGCGACACCGUUCACCACUGCCGCCUCGCCUCCGGCCUCACCGUUCACCACCGCCGCUGCACCGUCACCGCUAAGGACCAGGGGGGGGGGCGGGCGUCGUCAAUGCCGCCCCUCUCUGCCAGGGCCAAUCGAGAGCUGGACUUGGGACGAGAGACGCGGGUGCCAGGGAGGUUGAAGGUUCGGCGGGUGCGUUUUCAGGAUGGGGGGGCCGAGCGGUCGAUGUCACCUGGCGGGAGCGGCGACGCUCUCUCCCACCGCUUCGGGCUUGUAUCCCUGCAAGAGGAGAGGUGUGACCAGUUUGGCAGGGACCUCAACACCAUGGUACCUGUGAAGAAUCUUGGGGACUUGAGAUGGUACUCUGGAUGUUUUUAUGAGAGAGAUAGGGAUGCAGGGACUUUGAAGAUCUCGCAGCAGACGUAUGCUGAAGAGUUGGGGAUGGAGUUUGGGGUAGAGUACGGGAAGGAAAUUCCUCUUCCUGUAGGGUUGAAGCUUUCAGAGUUUGACCAGGAUGAGGAAGUGGUAUCAUGGCCUUUUCGUGAGCUGAUAGGAUCAUUGAUGUGGCUGGCAACGCAAACGAGGCCAGAUAUCGCGAAUGCAGUAAGAGCGGUAGCACGGUACUAUGCCUCUCCCAAAGAAAUUCAUUGGAGAGCAGGGCUUGGUAUUUUAGGGUGUGUGGUACGGACUAGUGACUUGGGUAUUACAUUCAGGAGGCGUAGUGUAGCAGGGUUGAGCAUUGAGGUGUUCGCAGACGCAGACUAUGCAAGUAAGGCUGCCGAUAGGAGGUCUGUGUCAGGGGGAUUGGUGAUCUGUGGGGGGGGAUGUAUUUCUUGGUUUUCAAGGACCCAGAAGUGCGUUACGUUGAGCACGACAGAGGCGGAGUAUGUCUCUCUUGCGGAUGUGAUGAAGGAAGUGUUGUUUCUGAGGCAGGUGUGGCGUUUCAUGUUACCAGAAGCAGGCAUGUCGUGUAUUCCGGUGUUCGAGGAUAACCAGGGGGCUAUUCAGUUGGCGCAAAACCCGAUAAGCAACAGUAACUCGAAGCACAUCGACGUAAGGCACCACUUUAUCAGGGAACUGGUAGGCAGGAAGGAGAUAUCGAUUUUUCACGUGGAAUCGGCGUAUCAAUAUGCUGAUUUUCUCACGAAAGCACUUCACGCGGGAGAUUUUGAGUUUCAUCGUAACUACGUGAUGAGUAUGGAUUAAUAUCUUGGUGUUUGGAUUUACUUUGUGUGUGAUCAAACAACUGGGGUGGCAACAUUUUACAUUUUUGCCUAUGGUUUUUCUCAAUGGAU